UUCCCUGCUACUCAGAGGCUGCACUCGUCGGGGGGAGAGAUGGGGCGGGUGAUGGGGAACGAACAGGGAUUAUUCCAUUUCUCCCGGCAUACCGAGACGAUCGGAGGGUUUGAUGCCUGUAGGGUGGAAGAUGUCUGACAGCCUGCAGCGUAAUGGGUACCGGCCCCACGUUGUCACUUCACUCGCUCGCUCUGUGGACCCUCUACAGAGUGAUCAUGGCACAGUCACUCAUCACAGCUCAGUGCGGAGAGGACGUCACCCUGAGCUGCACCUUUCCCACACUUGGCUUGGCAGCAGAUCAACAAGUGAACGUUACCUGGAAGAAGCCAAGAGCCGAUGGACCAGAUCUGCUGGUCCACAGCUACUCUUUGGGAACGGAGAAACAAUCUGAGGCUUACAGAGGGCGGACGCAGCUGGAUCCAGAAGGAUUUGCCAAAGGGGACGCAUCCCUGAAACUGAGGGAUGUUCACAUUCAGGACGAGGGGUCUUAUAGCUGCUUUGUCAACACUGAGCUGGGCCCGUGGUCUGAGGAGACGUCGCUGACAGUGCUGAGGGCAAGAGAGCGAGAAUCACCCAUUGUAGUUCAAGAAGGGGAGGACGUCACCCUCAGCUGCUCCUUCGAACCUGAGCAAAACCUCCAGCUGUUGAACAUCAUCUGGAAGAAGGAAACAGCGGAGGGACAGGAUCUCCUGGUUCACACGUACUAUAAUGGGAAGGACCAGAUGCUGAGACAGAAUAAGGCUUACUGGGGCCGGACCCAGCUGUAUCCGGAGAGAUUCCAUGAAGGAAUCGCGUCCCUGAGACUCAGGAAGGUCCAGCUGGCAGACGACGGGAUCUACACUUGCCACGUCAAGCCCAAACUGGGCAGGUUUUCCAUGCGGAUGAGAGUGACUGUGGAGAAAGGCACCAGCUGCGUCUGGUUCUAUUGGGCACCUCUUCUUCUCUCCCUGCUGGUAAUGCUUAUCAUCAUUAAAAUGUGUCGUCUUCCCGUCCGAUGGAAACUGUGGCCGUCCAAACACGCCUUUGGAUUGGAGGCUGACUAUGAGGAGGGAAGAGCGCAGACAGAAACACAUUUCUUGUGGGAUUUAAAAGUGGAUGAUACCAAACAGACUCUAGAGUCUUGGCAGAUGCCAGCCUGGAACAAAAGACACGCAUGGGAGAAGCUUGAAGAGCCGAGAUUCUCCUAUGGAAAGUCUCCUGCAAGGGAAAAGCUUCCCAGAAAUAUUGCCCAGAAGCCUAGCGAAAAAGGCCGGCAGCUGAGCUCUCACGGGGAUAGCGCCGAUUCCUGGAUCUACACAUUUACUUCUGAUGCGAGUGACUUUUCUGAAGCAGAUACUGCAUGGCGGGAGCAUGGUGGGUCAUCACAAAACACCAUGCGAAGCAUCGCUCUCCUGGGGAAGACGGGCGCUGGGAAAUCAUCCUUUGUCAAUGCUAUUAGAGGCCUGGGUGAUGAAGAGGAAGGUGCUGCUAAAACCGGGGUAGUGGAAACAACCAUGGUACCGACUUCUUAUCAGCUUCCCAAACAACCCAAUGUUACAAUAUGGGACCUGCCGGGGUUCGGGUCGAUGACACGUCAAUCAGACAUGGACCUCGAUCUCUUCAGUUUGAGCCAAUACGAUGCGUUCCUCAUCUUCUCCUCCCGUCACUUCACAGCCAUCCACGCCGGGCUGGCCCGGAAGAUCCAGCAAGCAGGGAAGAAGGUUUAUUUUGUGCGCUCCAAGGUGGACAGGGAGUUGCUUGCUGCCCGGAGGAAUCGGCCUUCUACCUAUAACGAAGAGCGAAUUCUGCAGCAAAUCAGAGACACCUGUGUGAAAGACUUGCAGAGAGAAGGGCUGACCUCCCCACAGGUUUUUCUCCUGUCUAGCUUUGAGUAUGGCCGACACGACUUCCCUCUCCUAGAGGAAAUAUUACAGCAAGAAUUUGGGAGUCGUUUGGCUGGCUGAGCUCUUGUUCCCCAAAAAUCUUGCACAAGGAAAAAGCAGCCAUGCAGAGUCAGAAACCAGGGCCACCCAGGACGGGGCGGGGGACAAGUGGGACAAUUUGCCCCAGGCCCCGCAGGGACCCCCACGAGAGUUUUUCAGGGCCCCUGGAACAGAGAAGUGAGAUCUGGAGCUUCUGUCUUCUCCAUCCCCUAACACAAGAGCAAGGAGGCAUUUAAUAAAAUUAAAGAUUGGGAAAUUCAAAUGCGAGGAAAGGAACUCCUUUUUCACACAGCGUGUGGAACUCACCUAAGUUCCCGCUAAGCUGCACGGCCACAUGGCUGCACAACUACCUAUUAAACCCCCCGCAGUGGCUCAGGGCUGUGGUGGGGAGAGAUGCCUCUUCCCAAGCCCUGAAGCUGUGGCGGCCCGGGGAGAGGAGCCUCUGCCAGCCAGCUCCAACCCAGAGCUUCCGUGGCUGGGGGAGAGGCACCUUUGCCCGUCAGCCCGAAACUGAAGCUGCUGCAGCCGGGGGAGCAGUGCCCUCCCUUCAUCCUCAGCCCCACACCAGAGCCCACACCCCCAGCCAGAGCCCUCACCCCAGACCCCAAGCCGUUGCCCCAUCCCUGAGCUCUGUCCUGCACCUUGAACCCCUCAUUCCCCACCCCAGAGCUUGCACCCCCAGCCGGAGCCCUCACCUUCCUGCACCCAAACCCUCUGCCCCAGCCCAGAGGCCCUCCGGCCACACCCCAACCCCUCGGUCCCAGCCCCACCAUAUGCUGUCCAUGUGUGGAGUAACUUUUGUUACGUGCACCAGUAUGGAGGUGAUGUACCAUAGUGGUGCACGUAAGAAAAGUCAUUCCACACAUGGACAUAAAAAAUUACAGGGAACACUGGAACUCACCUCCCCAUGAUGUCAUUAGGGGUUGGACUAGAUACCUCCUGAGGUCCCUUCCAACCCUGAUAUUCUAUGAUAUUCUAUGAUUCUAUUAAGGCGAAGAGUUUAACAUUCAAAGGGAUUGGCCAUUUGUACAUCUAAUGAAAAUAGCCAGAGCCAUCUUAGAAAAUGACAACACAAUGUGUUGUUUGUAGCUUUGUUGUAGCCAUGCUGGUUCCAGGAUAUCAGAGACAAGGCCGAGAAGGGAAUAGCUUUUAUUGAACCUGCUCCUGCUGGGAAGAGAGACCAGGUUGGGAGCUACACAAAGCGCGACUUCAGAUCUGGGAAAAGCAUCAGAAUAUCACAGCUAAAUACAAGCUGGGACAGAUUGUGUAGCAUAUUGAGCAAUAACAACUACGUGGGUGAAGCGAGACAAUCACUGCGCUCUUUGAACUGAUACAAAAACCAAAAUGGUGUUGUCAUAAACGGAUAGUUAAGAGUUAAUAGAACAGCAGUACUUCAUGUCUCUUUUGCCUGUAAAGGGUUGUCAUAAACAGAUAGCUAAGGGUUAACGUCUCUUUCACCUGGAAAGAAGUAACCUGAAACUCCUGACCAGAGGACCAAUCAGGAAACAGGACUUUUUCAAAUCUGGGGGGAGGGAAGUUUGUGUCUGAGUCCUUUGUUCUUUGUUCUUCUGCCUGACUCCCUCUCAGCUAUGAGAAGGAUUUUUCUAUUUCCUGCUUUCUAAUCUUCUGUUUCCAAGUUGUGAGUACAAAGCUGGUUUGUUGUUUUGUAUUUACAUGUCUAUAGUUGCUGGAGUGCUUUGAAUUGUAUUCUUUUUGAAUAAGGCUGUUUAUUCAAUAUUCUUUUAAGCAAUUGACCCUAUAUUUGUCACCUUAAUACAGAGAGACCAUUUUUAUGUAUUUU